AUGGCUGCCACUUCCUUUUGCCACCCAUCCAACGAUCCCAAAACCCCCAACAAACCCUCAAACAACCCCAUUUCAGCUUCCAAAAUAAGAGUCAUAGUUAGGGUUAGACCCUUUCUUCCUCACGAAUUCACACCAAAUAAUGGCAACAGAGUUUCUUGCAUUUCACUUUUGGAUCAAGACUCUCAAUCUCAAGAUGAAGUAGCCGUUUAUCUCAAAGACCCCUACACCAGUCGGAAUGAGUGUUAUCAAUUGGAUUCUUUCUAUGAUCAAGAGGACGACGAUGUUUUUCAGAUAUUCGAAAAGGAAGUAAGCCCCAUGAUGCAUCAUAUCUUCAAUGGAUGCAACGCGACUGUGUUUGCUUAUGGGGCUACUGGCAGUGGGAAGACAUACACUAUGCAGGGAACUGAAGAACAUCCUGGCUUGAUACCACUAGCAAUGUCAAAUAUCAUUUAUAUGUGUCAAAACACUGGAAGCACAGCACAUCUAUCAUACUAUGAGGUCUACAUGGACCGAUGUUACGACCUCUUAGAGUUAAAAGCAACCGAGAUUUCAGUUUUGGACGACCGAGAUGGUCAAAUUCAUCUUAGGGGACUGUCUCAAGUUCCUGUACGCACAAUGUCUGAAUUUCUAGAUGUUUUUGCCAGCGGUGUUCAGAGGCGCAAAGUUGCACAUACAAGCCUUAAUGAUGUAUCCAGUAGGAGUCAUGGAGUGUUUGUGAUAUCUGUAGUAUCUACUCCUGAUGAGACAGGAAGAUCUGUAUGUGGAAAGCUGAAUCUCAUCGACUUAGCAGGUAAUGAAGAUAACAGAAGGAGCUGCAGUGAAGGGAUACGUCUUCAAGAGAGCGCUAAGAUAAAUCAGUCCUUGUUUGCACUGUCGAACGUGAUAUACGCGUUGAACAACAACCAACCAAGAAUACCCUAUAGAGAAAGCAAAUUGACCCGUAUAUUACAAGACUCUCUAGGGGGAACGAGUCGUGCGCUGAUGGUUGCUUGCCUGAAUCCAGGAGAAUACCAAGAAUCUGUUAAUACUGUUGGUUUGGCUGCUCGAUCGAGGCAUGUCUCUAAUUUUGUACCUUCAACUCAUAAACUUGAGACGCCAAAAACUAAUGUUGACAUGGAAGCCAAAUUGAGAUCUUGGCUAGAAUCAAAAGGCAAGGCAAAGACCGCACAACAAAGACUUGGGCCAUUUAUAUCUCCAAUUUUGAAAAAAACUCCAAGUUCCAUCAUGAGCUCUGCCAAGAAGUCAGUUACUUUCUGUACUUCAGUGAAUGUGGAAAGAACUUCCAUCAACCAAGAUGCUCAAAAUACUACUGAAAGCAGGACCUUUGCUGAUUCUUUUAGAAAUUUGAUAGAUGAUGAAGCUGCUUUUGAUUCUUUCAAGGAGGACAAUGAUAGGAGAGAGAUUGAGCAUGAUGUCAAUAAGGCGGCUGCAUGGGAGACGUAUCAAGAUCUACCCAUGGAGCCAUUAAGCAAAGGAGUGAACUCGCAAAUUACAAAUGUGAGUAAAGAUGCAGUACCACAAAGCCCUCUGCUAGAAUCAAAAGGCAAGGCAAAGACCUCGCAUCAAAGACUUGAGCCAUUUCAUUCUCCAAUUCUGAAAAAAACUCCGAGUUCCAUCAUGAACUCUGCUAAGAAGUCAGUUACUUUCUGUACUUCAGUGAAGGCGGAAAGAACUUCCAUGAACCAAGAUGCUCAACAAACUACUGAAAGCAGGACCUUUGCUGAUUCUUUUAGAAAUUUGAUGGAUGACGAAGCUGCUUUUGAUUCUUUCAAGGAGGACAAUGAUAGGAGAGAGAUUGAGCAGGAGGUCAAUAAGGCUGCAAGUGAUCUACCCGAUGAGCCAUUAAACAAAGGGGUGAACUCGCAAAUUACAAAUGUGAGUAAAGAUGCAGUACUACAAAGUCCAUUAAGCAAAGGGGUGAACUCGCAAAUUACAAAUGUGAGUAAAGAUGCAGUACUAAAAAGUCCAUUAAGCAAAGGGGUGAACUUACAAAUUACAAAUGUGAGUAAAGAUACAGUACUACAAAGUCCAUUAAGUAAAGGGGUGAACGCGCAAAUUACAAAUCAAAAUGGAACUCCACUUGACAAAUUCAGUGCACGAAGUUCUGCAAUGAAGAGUUGUCUAGUUCAAGAAUACAUUGAUUUGUUAAAUAAUGCAAGCAGAGAGGAACUACUAGAGUUAAAGGGCAUAGGAGAGAAAAGGGCAGAUUACAUAAUAGAACUCAGAGAAGAAAGUCCACUAAACUCGUUAAGUGACUUGGAGAAGAUUGGCCUCUCUUUGAAGCAAGCUAAGAACCUGUUCACCAAAUCUGCAAAAAAGCUCUUUGAAUAUAAAGAAGAUUCAACAAUCGAUUAA